CGUAAAGACGUCACCAUUCCCUGCCUCCAAGGAGCCGUGAGUAAAAAUGGCGAAUGUGUGUUUUCGGUUUUUUACGUUGGUUAACGAAUAAAACUAAAUGUAGCAAAUUCAAUAGUUGGAUACCAGAUGGGGAUGCGUCAGCGUCUACUGCUGGUGUAAUACGUUUGUGGCUUCAAGGCAAAGUUUGGACCGAUAAACAAUUAAAGAGAAGAGCAAGGGUUCUAUUUGUGUCGAAAGGAGAUAAGAAACGCUUCAGCAUCUAAAAAGACUUUCUCUUCAAGGACAUCUGAUAGCUGCAGUCUGCCAUCUUCAAACAUGUCUGACUAUCUGACCCGAGCGUUCAGGGCCCAGCUGACCACAACUAUGGAUGCAGUCUUGAGGAAAGCUGUGUUUGAAGUAAUGAAGAUUUUUGAAAACACUCUAUAUGACCAUCAGAUGGAGAUGGCACAGAAAGGAGAAGAGGUUGCUCAACUUAAAAUAAAGUUACAGACAGCAGAGCUAAGGCUGAAAGACCUUGAACUUGGAGGUGACAAAGGAGCAGAAACGAAAAAAACUCAGACGAAUCCGACGCCAAAAGACACUGAUGUUGUUAAUGAUGCCUCAGUACAAACGUCUGUUCCUGGGAUCAAUUUUGAAGUACCUGAUGACUGGUGUGCUCCUCUGGACAGCGAGACCGGGACCAAGCAACGCUUUGACAUUUGUCCCAGCGUACGUCUGCGCCGCUUGUCCAUUCCUGUGGUGCACAUUCCAAUCCGCAAGCAAGAGGUGACAGACUUUGUCAUCAACUCCUCUCAGAAGACCAGCCAUGGCAGGAAAUCCAAGAGACUUUCCGCCUUAAAUGAGAAUCGCAAACAGGCUGAGGACAGAAAAUUACUAAGGCGUGGCAAACGAGCUCGUCGUACACCAAUAAGAGGUGAUAUCCAAAUAUUGCUCCAAGGCAUCAAACAGGAAUAUUCUGCUGUGGCAAGUUUCCAAGGUCUUAGACAAGCGAGACUUCGUACAGGAAACAAGCAAGAUCAUACAGACAAUAGCAAAAGAGAGCAAAAAAAUAAUGCAGCAACUGAAUCCAAAUCCACAGAAGGGAAGACAGUGAAAAAUGAUGGUGAAAAUACAUACUCCUGCAAGAUCUGCAAGAAGACAUUCGAUACAGAAUUUGGCCGAAAUAUUCAUGCAAAUUCACACAGGAGAUGCAGAGGCUGCAAAAAAUCCUUCCCAUCACGCAGCGCUCUUAAAUGUCAUAAGCCAGUCUGUAAAAGACUCAAGAGAUUGCUAGAAAAAGAAGCUGCCAGUGCCCCAAAAAACUCCUGUGACAAAGAAGAAACACCUGAACCGAGCAAAAAACAGAAUAUCACUGAGAAAACGUCCACACCUUCCUCCAGCAACCACAGUGAGUUACCUGAGCAGGGAGAUGGAUUCACCGGCAGGUACAGCUGUACAUUCUGCGGCAAGAAGUUUAAUUUCCCCUACAGGCUCCAAGAGCACAUGCGUAUUCAUACUGGUGAAAAGCCGUUCUCUUGCAGCAUGUGCCCAAAAGAAUUCCGUGUCAAGCAGUCACUAAAAUUGCAUAUGGAGAGCCGUCACAAAGGCCGAACAGAUUCCACUGAAACAAACGGAGACCUUGCAUGGAUGGAACCCUUAGAAAACAAUGAUACUAGUCAAGAGGAUCCUAAUCCUUCUAGCCAAGACAAAAGUCAGGAUAUCAACAACGAAGAUCAAAGUCAAAGCAGUACAAGCAAAAAGUCAAGAUGGCAAACAAUGGGCGAACGGCAUAAAAAUGGUUACGUCUGCCUAGUUUGUCAGAAGUUUAUAACAAGCAAGCUCAUACUGAUCGAACACUAUCGCAUCCACACAGGAGAGAAGCCCAUCAAAUGCGACAGGUGUUCUGCAAAGUUUCGUACUAGACCGCAGAUGUACAUACACAGAAAGAGAAAGUGUCGUUUUGCUGUGACACCACUCAGCGCUGAGAAGUGUUAGAGGAGAUUCCAUAGACACUCCAUAAGCAUAUGUCUAAAUGUCAGAGGGAGUAGCUUAUCCUCAAGCACUGCAUUAAUGAAACCAUAGCCUCAGGAACCACGGGGGCACGAGAGAGAUGGAAGCUCAAGUCAGACUGUUCUGUUGCUUUUUUUAAGAACAUAUUUUGAUGCUUAAUUAUUCGAUUGCUACAUACAUAGCUCACUUACUCGUUCAAUACUGUAAAAGCAGUGACAGAAAUCUGUGACUGCUGAUGUUCAGAGUAAAUCCAGCAUUGUGUUAUCUUGAGCCCUCUCAGGAAAUUCAGUUUGCUGUUUUCUGAAAACUGUGUUUCUCUGUUUUGAGCUGAUUUAGUGUCACUCAUACUGAUCAAAAUGUUCUGUUAAUGCAGUAUUGCUUUAAACAGGCAUACUCUUUACAGUAAUGAUCUAUAUUGGUCUGUGUUGUACAUACUAAAAGAGUAGCUACCUCAGUAAAGGCUACACAACAAAGUUUCUGCCUGUUGAAAAUCUGUUUUUUUUUUUUGUAUUGUAAAGUAUGUUGUUGAAUUGCUUGUCCUUGUUUUACUGAAGGCAAUGUCCAGUUGUCUAAAGGUUUACAGCUCUGGAAUUAAUUAUUAGAUCACCGCUUUGUCCUUUGUGGUUCUUGGUGGACCCAUGUUCUAUUUUCUAAGGUUGUAAUGAACAGCUGUUUUGCUGAUUCUAAGCCAGUUACCAGUAGCUCUCUCUUUGUAUUUCUCUUUAAGCAACAAGAUAACUUUCCUCACAUCAUCUGCCAUUAAUUUUGAAAGUAUUUAUUUCAAUACAUUGUGUUUUUACUCAUAAUUUAUUUGCUUAUAAUGAAUUGUAACUUUUUUAUGUCUUUUAGAAACAUCUGUAAUUAUUAAACUGAUGUGAUGGACCCAAACACUUUUACACUUUUAUCAGUUUCAUGGCCCUAUUGUGUAGACUUUGUUUAAAAAAAAAAAAACAGGUGGUCUAAUAUUUUUUUUCCAAAUCUGUGUAUGCGUUUACUGUUGGCCUUAAUCACAACUGGUGCUUUUCACUGUAUCCCAAAUAGUCUGGUGAUGCACUCUGUUGUGGAAUCAGGAUUUUGGAAUCAGUUUUGUGAUGAUGACAGAACAUAAUGGAAUUUAAUUGUUCUUUUAAAUUCUCUCAUGUUUCUUUAUGGAUAUCUGAAAACACCGUUGAAGAUUUGUUAUAGUCAACGUUAUGUGUUGUUUCCUUUGAUGCCUGAACAUAUUCUACUGUGUCCAAAACAGUUGUGGUGUCGCCAGAGUAAAGCAUUGAAUAAAGUCCAUAUUUUA